AUGAGCAUACCAGCCAAAUACCUAGACGGCUUGGAAUAUCCCUCCAGUGCCCCCCUGCCACCACUCCUCACCUCUGCCGGUGCCGGUGACAAAGUAGCUGGUCUUUACGACUCUGACGAUGCUGUCACGGACUUGGGGAUCAAUGCCUACUACAUACAGAUGAUUUCCGUAUGGGGUGACGUCGCGACUUGGCUCCACGACAUCAAGCUUGGGAACGAUGAGAUCCCUUGGCGGCCAGAAUCCGGCCAUACCAAACUGAGCACCAGCUACUUCGAAUUCGAACGCCAGCUUCCUCAUAUGCAUCUCCUCCGGAAUGUCUCCUUCACUACGCGGACAGCUGGCGAGAUCUUCGAGCAGAGGGAGUACUGGACAUCGUGGGUUCUCAUGCAGAUUCUGUUCCACGCCGUCCCCGCCACCAUCAACCAUCCCUUCAUUCACUUAGUUGCCGUACGCCGAUCGACAAAAGGGCCUCAGUCUCACGCGUUCUUACAGCAGACUGUCGACCUGGCAAUCUUUCAUUCCGCUUGGGUUUUCCGUAUCCUUCAGUGCAGUGAAGGGUUUGGCCUAGAGAUUAUCAGUCCUCUGGUCGGGCACCUGGUUGCCAUUUUGGCCAUUGUGCCGUGUCUAUUUCGAUUCGCCGUUGAUGAGAAGGUCUCGAAGCGAGCAGUGAAAGACCUGAAAUGGUGUCAAGACUAUCUGGCUCGUGCUGCUCUAAUUUGGCCGCACAUGUCGCAAAAGCUCGAUCUCUUACGAAACCUACAGCAUAUUGCCGAUCACCAGAGAAGUAACCACGAAGGAGGCAAUACCAUCAUGUUCCAGCCCUCCCUGGUCUGGGCUCUGCUAGAUCCAGAGAUCUGCCAUAUGAAUACCUCCAAUGAAAUACUGGACGAGGCCCCAGCUGCUCCUGAGGCUCGACUCCGUGUCACUACACGGUUCACUCACCCAUUGACCGAAGCGCAGCAGGAGCAGCAGCCAGCUCCGAACUCAAAUUUCAUCACGGAUGAGAGUUUUUCAUUUGACCCGGACGAGCUUGAGCAGCUGUACCUGGAUGAUUUAUUCUUUCAUUCUAACCCUGACCCGUUCUUUGGCCUCUAG